AUGGAAGGCUACCUGCUCGUCUUCGACGACCCGUAUUCGAUCACAAAGGCAGCCAACGUCCGGUACCUCGUGCUCACCGAGGGCACUCUGUCGUUGUACACGCCGCCACCCGCCAAGGCCCACGUGCGGUCCAUCUCCCUCUCGCAGCGUCGUCUCCAGCUCGUUGCAAUGCCCCAUUUGCACCUCUUCCGGCUCACAAUGGACGGCGAUGCACACCCGCUUUUGUGUCUUGCGAGCUCCAAGGCGUCCAUGGACCUCUGGUGCCUCCACUUGCGGAAUUGGAACCGGUUUUGCUUUCACACGCCCGUGGCGUGUGGUGCCGACGACGCCGAGCGCGACAAGCUCCGAAAUGCGUGGACCACCCACUUGCUUUGCGAAGAAAAGAGCUUUGUGCGGGACCAGUUGCACCGCGGGUUGGCGCCCAAACCGUCGUUUCUUCAGCGGCUGCGGUCGCCUGCUGCGUGGCUCUAG